AUGUCGAUUACGACCAGUUCGUCGGCUAAAGAACUUCUGAAUUUGGGUUACAAGGAUAACGGGGAUUUUCUGUGUCACGGAGCGAGUUGUUUCGAGCGGAGAUUCCGAGGCUUUGGCGGUUGUUUCAUCAACUCUUCCAUUCUCGGUGACCAUCAAACCGCUUUCUUGCGCAGUCCAGGCUUACCCUUCGAGCCGUACAUCGAAAAGCGGCGAGGUAACUUUGAUCCUGAUCUUGAGAUUAUUAUCUUUGAGUGGUUAACUUUCCAAUUUCAGAUCAAGACUUGUUUGAGAAAUCCUUCGCGAAAAAUGUCGUACUGUUCAUGGCGUGGAGAAGAACACUACCGGGACCAUUUUGACGUCGGAACUUACGUAUGUUCGGAAUGCUCUCAUCCGUUGUUCACGAGUCGCAGUAAGUACGAACAUUCGUCACCCUGGCCCGCAUUCACAGAGACACUUCGGGCAGACUCCUUGAAGAAAGUUCUUGAGUCACCAGGAGCUCUGAAAGUUUCCUGUGGAAAAUGUGGAAAUCCGCUGGGACACGAGUUCCUCAAAGACGGCCCUGAUGGAAAAUCUAGAUUCUGAAUUUUUAGUCACUCUCUUAAGUUUGUGCCCAAGAAGACCAGCAGCGAAUAAGAGAGUGACACGGAAGCAUCAUGAAAGACCUGUUACAAGGAAACCAGUUCAUGAUAUCCAGUUUCAAAGCCGUGAGGUGAACCUGGAUUGAUGUUUUGCUGGAUAAGAAUGUUUUACGGGUCUUGAUGGGUUAUGUUGGGCUGUGACCCUUUUUACAAUGACUUACGACCAUCCAAAUCUCUAUUCAAGAGAUGUCUACCAAGUCACAACAUCAGACAUACUUUGAUGAAGGGUACACUGUAGAGAAUUAAAAUCUUCCUGCUUAUUCAGCAGUAUCCCCAUUUUUCUUCUGGUGAUUGGUCUUGGUGAGAAAUAUCAUUCAGAAGCUACUUCAAUUAAAAGGCAGGAGUGAUUUGGAGUCUUUAUACAUCUGACAAACGGAAUGGGGAGCUUUCAAACUUCGCAAGAAUGCCUUUGAGUGCCUGUUUGAUCGAUUGGUGUGUUCCUGCAAGUGAUGAUAGAAUCUAAAGAGAUUUUUAUUUAUUAGUCCAUUAAUCGUUCAUUGGUGAAUUAAAGAAGAUCUAGCAAAUG